AUGGCGGAUUCAGACCAGGAGCAUUUCUCGCCCUCUGCUACGGCGGAGGAGGCUGGUCUUGGUGGUGCUACGGACGCAGCUGAAGCAGAAUCAGCCGUACAACCAUCUACAUCAGAACUUCCUGUCGAUAAUCUCUCUGACCCAAUUUUAUCUCCGACUCAAUCUACUCUACAUCCUCUUUCCAUGAAGCCUAUCAGCCAAGUUUCCUCACAAGCCGCAACACCAAACAUGGCUGAGUCGAUGAGUCCCGUGCCUCCGCAGUCGCAAUCCAAACCUCGGAUUGUGGGUGGGUUUGAAGUGGAUGAUGACGAAGAAGACGAAGAGGAGGCGGGCCAGGAUGAUAAAGAUGAUGCAGAUUUCUAUGAUCCAGCCGUUGGGUUGGAUUUCGAUGCACCGACUCCUGCUGCCCCUUCGAAUCCCCUUGAUAGAACUUCCCAGUCCCCAGAACAAGAAAAUGGAAUCACUCCUGUUCCUGUCCAGGCCACUGGUAGUCUCACUGACAUUUCUUCUUCCACUCUUCCCCCAAGCGGUGAUGCGCCUCGUGCUGCGACUGCUACACCUACUCAGACUGUUCCUGCCACUCCAGCUCCAGUUCAACCUUCUCCGCCCCGUUCUUAUGUGAAUGGUACCGUCAGUGCAGCUUUACCCAAGUCCCGACUAGCUCAUGAUGUGAUUGGCAUUCUCGAGGAUCGCAUCAAAGACGACCCGCGAGGAGAUACAGCUGCAUAUCUCGAACUGAUUGAUGAACUAAAGAGUCGAAACAAGCAAGACGAUGUCCGACGGAUCUACGAGCAAUAUCUUACAGUGUUUCCUCUAGCUGCCGAACAAUGGUGCGCUUACGUGAAAUGGGAGGAAGAACACGAUCGUCUUCGUGCGAUGGAGACUCUUUUCAAUCGAUCUCUCCUUGAAGUUCUCGACGUGCAACUUUGGACGUUAUACAUCAACUACAUCCGCAGGCGUAACAGCAUGCAGUCCGGCGAUGUUACAAGAUCUUACAACAUCAUCAAUGAGUCCUUCAGUUUUGCUCUCAAGACUAUCGGCAUGGACAUGAGCUCCGGCCCUCUGUGGCAGGAUUACAUCACUUUCCUGAAGAGCGGUCCUGGUAUAAUUGGAGGCACUGGUUGGCAAGACGCCGCGAAAGUCGACACGUUGCGAGAGGCGUACCAAAAAGCAAUCGCCGUACCUACAGCCGCGACGACAGUUCUCUGGAAGGAAUACGACGCUUUUGAGACGGGUCUCAGCAAGAUCAACGGUCGAAAAUAUUUGCAAGAAAAAUCGCCCGUGUACAUGACGGCACGUACUGCGUACACUCAACUGCAAAACUUGACCAAAGACCUCAAGCGAACCUCGAGGCCACGGUUGCCGCCGGCAGCCGGGUACGAUGGCCAUACCGAAUAUCUUCACCAAGUCCAUUUAUGGAGACAAUGGAUCGAGUGGGAAAAAGAAGAUAACCUCGUGAUCAAGGACGAAGACCUCGCUCUGUACAGAAACAGAAUUCUAUUCACCUACAAGCAAGCGUUGAUGGCUUUGCAAUUUUGGCCAGAGAUGUGGUAUGAUGCCGUGGAGUUCUGCUUUGCGAACGGCCUAGAAAAUGAUGGUAUCAAACUCUUGAAUCAGGGCAUCACUGCCAACGUUGAAUCACCGCUCCUUGCCUUCAAGCUCGCGGACCGCAUCGAGUCCUCAACACAGAAUGACGAGGCUGCAGACCCAGGAGCCCGGGAAAGAAUGAAAAAAAUCCGUGAACCCUACGACAGAGUUUUGGAUGCGCUAUACGACCUCAUCAAGAAGGUCGCUGCAAGAGAAGCUCUCGAGAUUCAGAGAACAGAGGCCGCAGCUACGACGAAUGGCGACACCGACGGAGCCGAAGAGGACGAAAUCAAUGCUGCCAACGUCACGGCAAGGAAAGCCGUCGUUGACGGUCAGAUUGAGCUUAUCAGAAAAACUGCACAGGCGCAGACAGAUAUGCUCAGUCGUACCAUUUCUCACGUCUGGAUUGCACUGAUGCGCGCAACACGGAGAGUGCAAGGAAAAGGCUUGCCAGGCGAGAAAGGACCUAGUGGGUUCCGAACCGUCUUUGGCGAAGCUCGGAAACGGGGCAAGCUGACCAGCGAGUUUUACGUUGAGUCAGCGCGCAUCGAGUGGCAGUGCUAUCGCGAUCCCGCCGGUACCAAAAUCCUCGACCGUGGGAUGAAGCUGUUUCCCGAGGACGAGUAUCUACCUUUGCAGUAUGUCAAGCAUCUCUUCGAGAUCAACGACGUCACAAACGCGAGGGCGGUGUUCGAAACCACAGUCAAACGCUUGCUUGCCCACGAUGAUACAGUAUACACGGCCAAAGCGAAGCCGCUGUUUGCUUAUCUCCAUGAUUAUGAAUCCAAAUAUGGCGAACUGGCUCAGGUUCAGUCGCUAGAGGAGAGAAUGAGGAAAUUGUUCCCUGAAGACCCCGACUUGAAGUUGUUCUCCAGCCGCUACAGUACAGCAACCUUCGAUACCAUUAGUGUCCAUCCCGUGAUAUCUCCGACACAGACCCGAGAACCUCAGACAUCUGUAGUACCUUCUAUCGAAAUGCCGGAUGUCGUCAACUCUCCGAUCCAGAAGGUCAUCGAUUCAAUCACCACCAAUUCUCCAAAACGGCCAUAUCCCGAAGAUUUCGAGGACGUUGGCCCACGCAAGAUGGCCCGGGGCGAAUCACCUUUGAAAGGCGCCGCUGGCCGUCGUAUAAAUCAACAGCAGCAACGUCAGACGAAUGCUCCCGCCGGUAUGCCGGCAUUCCCUGUUCCUCCUCCACUGCCUCCUCAAAUUACAUAUCUCCUCAGCGUGCUCCCGAAAGCCUCCACAUAUGUUGAUGCCCGGCUGGAUGCAACCAAGAUGGUGGAACUCAUCCGAGAUAUCCACUUGCCUCCUCCUGCUGCAGUUACUGGUCAGCAACCUCCCCCGCAACCUGUUUCAGCGGCUGGCUGGCAGUCCUAUCCGCAGCAUCAACCCUCCCCAAUGCCGCCACAAGGUUUCAUGCCCCCACCAGGAGUUUCUCAGGCGCCAUAUGGAAGUGGUGAGUGGAUUAAACCCCUGUUGAUGGCUCUCUAA